AUGCUGCUACUCAUCCGGCAGGCACUGCUCGUCCUGUUUCUGCCCACACUCCUGGCACAAGAACAAGCCAGGCAGAGGGGGUGCUCCCAGGCUCAAAACAUCACCAAACCUGCCCUGCUGAGGCUCUCUGAUUGCUUGCUGGCCAACUACACAAAGGGCGUGAGGCCCGUGAGGGACUGGAGGAAGCCAACCACUGUGUUCAUUGAUGUCAUUGUCUACGCCAUCCUCAAUGUGGAUGAGAAAAAUCAGGUGUUGACCACUUACAUCUGGUACCGGCAGUGCUGGACUGAUGAAUUUCUCCAGUGGAACCCUGAGGACUUUGACAACAUCACUAAGUUGUCCAUCCCCACUGACAGCAUCUGGGUCCCGGACAUUCUCAUCAAUGAGUUUGUGGACGUGGGGAAGUCUCCAAAUAUCCCAUAUGUGUAUGUUCAGCAAGAUGGCAACGUCCAGAACUACAAGCCCCUCCAGGUGGUAACCGCCUGCAGCCUUGACAUCUAUAACUUCCCCUUCGACGUCCAGAACUGCUCACUGACCUUCACCAGCUGGCUGCACACGAUCCAGGACAUCAACAUCUCCCUGUGGCGCAAGCCAGAAAAAGUGAAGUAUGACAAGAGUGUCUUCAUGAACCAGGGCGAGUGGGAGCUUCUGGGGGUGCUGACCCAGUUUCACGAGUUCAGUAUCGAAGGCAGCGAGUGUUACGCGGAAAUGAAGUUCUAUGUGGUCAUCCGUCGGCGGCCCCUGUUCUAUGCAGUCAGCCUUCUUCUGCCCAGCAUCUUCCUCAUGGUCAUGGACAUCGUGGGCUUUUAUCUGCCCCCAGACAGUGGCGAGAGGGUCUCCUUCAAAAUCACACUCCUUCUGGGCUACUCUGUCUUUCUGAUCAUCGUAUCUGACACAUUACCUGCUACUGCCAUCGGCACGCCCCUCAUUGGUGUCUACUUUGUCGUGUGCAUGGCUCUGCUGGUGAUAAGCUUGGCUGAGACCAUCCUCAUCGUGCGGCUGGUGCACAAGCAAGACUUGCAGCAGCCCCUGCCCACUUGGCUGCGGCGCCUGGUUCUUGAGAGAAUCGCUGUGCUGCUUUGCCUGGGGGAGCAGUCAAAUUCCCCUAGGCUCCCAGCCGGUUCCCAAGCCACCAAGACUGAUGACUGCUCAGCUGUGGGAAACCACUGUAGCCAUUUGGGAGGACCCCAGGAGUUCGAGAAAACCCCGCGGGACAGAGGCUGCCCUCCUCCGCCGCCACGGGAGGCCUCACUGGCCGUGCGCGGGCUGCUACAGGAGCUGUCCACCAUCCGGCACUUCCUGGAGAAGCGAGAUGAGAGCCGGGAGGUGGCCCGGGACUGGCUGCGUGUGGGCUCUGUGCUGGACAGGCUGCUCUUCCGCAUCUACCUGCUGGCAGUGCUGACCUACAGCAUCACCUUGAUCACACUCUGGUCCAUCUGGCAGUAUUCCUGAAUGGGGCCAACCAGCAGGCAGGUAGGUAUGGGGCUGGACAGGAUCGGGGUGGGAGAUUUCCACUCAUCUCCCUAAGGGCCCAGGGGACUCCAGGGACAUU